AUGGCACCGCCCUCACCCGGAACGGGAACCAGAACCGGAACCGCGCGGGGAGAAGGGAGCACCCGCUUCCGCCCGCCGCCCGGAAGUGACGCGCUGAGCGCGGCGGCGGCGGGGUCGGGCAAUGGCGGCGUCCGUGGAGCUCCACGUGAGGGGGGCGGCCUGAGCGGCGCCGGGCCGCGGGGCCGCCGAUGCCGGAUCGGCGGCGGCUACGGGCGGGUGCCGGGGCGGCCCGGGAGGAGGCGGAGGUGGAGGCGGAGGCGGAGCGCGGGCAGGAUGGCGGCGGUGCCCCUGCGGCCCUGCAGAGCCGCCGGCCGCCUCCUGCCGCUGCUGUGCGGGGGGGCGAGGAGCAAGGGAGCCUCUCUGAGGGCCGGGGCGCUGGGCCGCCUCACCCAGCGGCGCUACAAGAAGGACGUGCUGCCCUCCCCCGAGGGGCCCGUGCCCUCCGUCUCCAUCACCGAGAUCCGGCAGUACCUGCGGGCCCAGGGCAUCCCCUUCCACGACGGGUACAGCUGCCUGCACACCCCCAGCCUCUUCACCGACGGCCAGCAAGACCAGCCGCCGGCCACCAGCGCCCCUUACACGCUUUUCAUCGACAAGAUGACGGGCAGCUUCCUGUGCACGGCCACUCUGGCCGAGGGCACCUGGCAGGACUUCCAGGCCAACGUGGAGCUGCGGCACCGCGGCGUUCCCACCACUGGCGCGGAGGAAGCGGAGAAGGACGCGCGACGGGCUUGCGAGGACGCCCGCUGCAUCUGGGACCGGGCGCUGCCGCUCUGGGAGCUGCUGGACGAGGACGAGACCAACGAGACCAAGGCCAUGUUCGGUAUCUCCCUGGUGACGGACGCCACCCUGAAACGCUUUGGGGUGCGUUACCUGAGGACUGCCAAGUCCCUCGUCUUCCCCUGGUUCAGUCCCCGCGAUGCGACGCUGAAGGGCCUGAAGCUCUUGAGGGUGGAGAAGAAGGGGGAUGCGAUCGCUUACGUGGAAGAGACUUUACCCCGCUUCGAUUCCUACCGCAAUCUCUUUGGGCUGCCCCUGAUCGGCCGCCGAGACACAGAGCUGGUCUUAACUGGGUGGGAGCUGGAUGCCCUGGCCCUGCACCAAGCUACAGGGGUGGCCAGCCUGGCCCUGCCGCGGGGGGCCACCUGCCUGCCCCCUGCCCUCCUCCCUUACCUGGAGCAGUUCAAGCGCAUCACGCUGUGGUUGGGCGAGGACCUGCGCUCCUGGGAAGCCGCCAAGCUCUUUGCCCGCAAGCUGAGCCUCAAGCGUUGCUCCCUGGUGCGCCCCGGCAACCUGCAGCCCCGGCCCUUGGAGGCUCUGAACCAGGGCCUGAACCUCACCAAGAUCCUGCGUACUGCCCUGCCCGCCAGCCACAAAUCCAUCGUCUCCUUCCGGCAGCUGCGUGAGGAGGUGUUUGGGGAGCUGGUCAACACUGAGCAGGUGGCUGGCGUCAAGUGGGCGCGCUUCCCUGAGCUCAAUAAGCUCCUCAAAGGACACCGCAGAGGGGAGCUCACCAUCUUCACAGGCCCGACAGGCAGCGGGAAGACGACCUUUAUCAGUGAGUACGCGCUGGACUUGUGCAUGCAGGGGGUGUGCACGCUGUGGGGCAGCUUCGAGAUCAGCAACAUCCGCCUGGCCAAGAUCAUGCUGACGCAGUUCGCUUUGCAGCGCCUGGAGGACCAGCUGGAGCUGUAUGACGAGUGGGCUGACCGCUUCGAGGACCUCCCACUCUACUUCAUGACCUUCCAUGGCCAGCAGAACAUCAAGACGGUGAUUGACACCAUGCAGCAUGCCGUCUACAUGUAUGACAUCACCCACGUGGUCGUCGACAACCUCCAGUUCAUGAUGGGACACGAGCAUCUCUCUGCGGACAGGCUCGCUGCCCAGGACUACAUUGUUGGUGCCUUCCGCAAGUUCGCCACAGACAACACCUGCCACAUCACACUGGUCAUCCAUCCCCGCAAGGAGGAUGAUGAGAAGGAGCUGCAGACGGCCUCCAUCUUUGGCUCUGCCAAGGCCAGCCAGGAGGCCGACAAUGUCCUCAUCCUGCAGGACCGUAAGCUGGUGACAGGGCCAGGGAAGCGCUACCUGCAGGUGUCCAAGAACCGCUUCGAUGGGGACGUGGGUGUCUUCCCCUUGGAGUUCAGCAAGGCCUCACUCACCUUCUCGUCCUCCGGCAAAAGCAAAGUCAAGCUGAAGAAGAUGAAGGAGGAGAAGGCGCUUUUAGCCAAGAAAGCUCCAGAGGGAUGCUUGGGAGACUCUAAGAAGCCAUGAGCCUGACAGGUCUCUUCUUCGGUCCAUCUGGAGGGACGGGGACUGGUGCUGGGAGCAUGGGGCUGGGGUACGCCAGCCCCUCUCCCCCCGGAGCAGCAGCCAUGUGCUGCUGUGGCCCUUUCUCCUCCUGCAUGAACAAGCCUCUUGGCCGCCAGCAUGGUGUACCUGAGAUGUGGGGCCACCGUGAGAGGAGGAGUGGGCUCGUCCAAGAGAAGAGCUGCCAGGGGAGGGUGCUUUGGCAAACGCUGGCCACUCCGUACUGGUGCUGAGUGCCGGGAGCACGGGGUGGGGGGAGUAGAGUCAGUGUGGGCUGUGUGACGGGGGGCAGUGACCUUCAGCCCUGAGACUUGGGGAGCUCUGGACCUGGGGUAGGUUGUUAAAUGGUGGCUAAAAUGGAGCCAAAAUCCUGGGCUGUGACUGGUGGGAGGGACUGUGUGGGGGGACUGUGCAGAGGUACACAUGGUGGGAACCCCCACGACACGGGUGGGGGUCUCUGAGCUCAAUCCUGGCUGGGAUGGAGCCAGUGAGGGGAAGGCGGUGCAGGGAAGCGUGGGAGAUUGUGGAUGGCUCUUUUCCCGGAGCUGUGUGCUGCCCGUGGGAUGUGGUGGGAGGAUGGGAGCUGGACCCCCGUGGCAUCACUGCUCGCAGCAGGUUAAAGGCAGCAGCGCUGGCGUCCUCCUGUGCUGGCGGGUGCGACGUGGCACUCGCCAGGUCGGCUAAUGCCUGACCCAGCCCCCUUUGCUCAGGGUCUCCCCCAGCCCCUUUCUCUGGGAGGCAUCACCAGCAGUAAAACCUCAGGGGGAGCAGCCCUACCUUGCAAUACUGGGCUGGGGGGGAGGCCACCCCCAUGCCCUCCAGGCUCUGGGCAGCAAAUACUGUGACCUGGCCAGUCCUCGCCGUGGUAGGACGAGUCCACGGCCGGAUCUUGGUCUAAUCCCUUUGUUGUUUUUUUUCCCUUCCUACUUUUAUUAAAGCAUAAAUGUGA